AUGAAGAUAGCCACGGUGGUGCCAAUGCUUCUGACCCUGGCUCUCUAUCUCACACAAGAUGCCGCCAGUGGGAAAGAAAAUCAGGACUCAUGCACUGAAUUUCGAGCAUUGAUGAAAAAUGGGAAACUUUUGUGUUCCCAUGGCAAGAAACAUUCUGAAAUCCUCAAUGACAUUGCUUUCCAAAAUAAAUGCAUGUCAUGCAAAAUGAUACUGGAAUUAGAAGCAACAUUCAAGAAGAGGGCAAGGCAUUUGUCAAGAGCCACCAGGGCCACUGUCCCAGCAAAGUUGAAUUGUGAGGCUCUCAAACAAGGAGGAAAAGAUGGAGAUUUCAUCUGUGCCUCCGAUGCUUCUGCAGUCUGUGGCACAGAUGGGAGAACAUACCGCAGCAGAUGUGAGCUGUGUGCUGAGAAUGAGAAAAGCGAGAACCAAGUUGGCAUAAAAAGUGAAGGGGAAUGUGAGAUCAGCACUCUAGAGAAGGAUGUGUGCAGUGAUUUUCGGGCCUAUGUGCAAGAUGGAAGACUCGGAUGUACAAGGGAAAACGAUCCAAUCCGUGGUCCUGAUGGGAGGACACAUGGCAACAGGUGCGCCAUGUGUGCUGAGCUCUUUUUAAAAGAAGCUCAAGAAAAUGCCACACGAGACAGAGAAAACAGAAUUCGGAGAGACGCUGAGAAGGAACUUUGCAAGGAAUAUGAAAACCAAGUGAGGAGUGGAAGGCUCUUUUGUACCCGGGAAAGUGACCCAGUUCGUGGCCCUGAUGGCAAGAUGCAUGGGAACAAGUGUGCCCUGUGUGCUGAGAUCUUCAUGAAACGUUUCACAGAAGAAAAAAGUAAAGCAGAGAUAAAGCCGAAAGAUGAUGAAGAAAGGGCUAAAACUAAAAUGGAAAUUAAGAAACGCUGUAGUGAAUUCCAAGAUCGUGCAAAGAAUGGAAUACUUUUCUGUACCAGAGAAAAUGAUCCUAUUCGUGGUCCAGAUGGAAAAACACAUGGCAACUUGUGUUCCAUGUGCCAAGCUUUCUUCAAAACAGAAGCCGAAGAAAAGAAGAAAGCUGAAGCUGGAACCAGAAGCAGAAGAGGAUCUGAAAAGUCAGAAACAUAUGCUAAGCUAUGUGAUGGAUAUCGCAAGGUCAGGAGGAAUGGACAACUAUAUUGCACCAGAGAGAAUGACCCUAUCAGGGGCCCCGAUGGAAAAAUCCAUGGCAACACAUGCUCCAUGUGCCAGGCUUUCUUUAUUCAAGAAGACAAAGCAAGAGCAAAGGUUAAGAGAGAAGCCGCGAAGGAAAUGUGCAGUGAGUUCCGGGACCAAGCAAAGAAUGGAAUGCUCAUGUGCACCAGGGAAAACGACCCUGUUGUUGGCCCAGAUGGAAAAACACAUGCAAAUAAGUGUGCCAUGUGUGCCAGUGUGUUCCUAGUAGAAGAGGAAGAGAAAAAAGCUGACAAAAGAGGGAAUGAGAUGGUUGAGGCUGGAAAGACGAAGAGAGAAGCAAUACAGGAACUAUGUAGCAAAUACCGUCCCCAGGUAAGAAAUGGUCGACUUCCCUGCACCAGAAAGAGAGAACCCACUGAGGGCCUGGAUGGGACGAUCCAUGAAAACACCUGUGCCAUGUGUGAAGCCUUCUUCCAGCAAGAAGCAAAGGAAAAUGAAGCUGGUUUCAUCGCAAAGGUUAAAAGAGAAGUUAAGGUAGUCGACUGCAGUGAGUUCCUGAGUCUUUUAAAAGGUGGAGAACUUUUCUGCACACGAGAAAAUGACCCCGUGCGUGGCCCGGAUGGCAAGACCCAUGGCAACAAAUGUGCCAUGUGCAAGGCUGUCUUUGAGAAAGAAAAUGAAGAAAGAAAGAAGAAAGAAGGGGAAAAUCAGAGAAUCACUUCAGGGCACAGUUCCAGCGGAGGGCGCCUGAAGAUUAAGGAUGAAUGCAGUCAAUAUUGGGAAAGCAUGAAAAAAGGAGAACUCAGCUGUACUCGGGAGAGUGACCCUGUGCGUGGUGCUGACGGGAAACCAUACAACAAUAAAUGUGUCAUGUGCAAAGAACUCCUGCAGAGAGAAAUGGAGGAAAAAAAUAAAAAUUCCGCCUCGAGAUCAAAUGGGACUGCAUCAGCAAAAAAGGAUGUAUGUGAUCAGUUUAGAAGCCAAAUGAAAAACGGGAAACUCCUCUGCACACGGGAAAGUGACCCUACUCGGGGUCCAGAUGGCAAGACUCAUGGCAAUAAGUGUGCCAUGUGCAAGGAAAAGCUGGAAAAAGAGGCCGCUGAAAAGAAAAAGAAAGAGGAUGAAGACAAGAGAAACACGGGGACGAACAAGAGCGAUAAGGAGGACCAAUGCCAUGAGUUCCGGAGCAUGCAGCUAGACGGAAGGCUGAUCUGCACCAGAGAAAAUGAUCCCAUUCGAGGCCCAGACGGCAAGACGCAUGUUAACAAGUGUGCCAUGUGUCAGACCAUUUUUGAGAGAGAAGCUAGUGAAAGAAAAAUGAGGGAUGAAGAAAACUCACAUUCCCAGCCUGCAAAUGAUGAAAAGGUUGUGUUUUAA